GCAGGAUGAUGGAGGAAAAGGAUGCAGGAGAAAAUUUUGCCGAAACGCUGCUCGGGAAAAAAAGAAGCUUAAAUGUCCUCACCUUUUAAAGUGUUUGACCCUUGCAGCGACUGCAAUCGCCCAUUAAACUCAGGAACUGCCUUUGUUUGCGUGGGUCGCUAAUUUCUAAUAAUAAAUGGUUCUGGAGCUGGCAGCGCCCGCGAGUGCAGGCCCAUUGCUGCAGCGCUCUAUCCCGUACAUCGAGCGAGUUUUCCGGGUGAGUGUCAGGCACAGCACCGCUGAGUCAAACUGCGGCAGCGCCGGCGAAAGCAGCUGCAGCAUCAGGCUGAGUAUCGGGGAGGGCGAGGAAGGUGACUGCACGAAGGCAAAAGAUUAUAUAGUGUCUCUGAUUUCACCGAAACACAGAAGGAAGGAGCCUUUAACUUUGGCACUGCGCAAACGGCUGCUGUCAGUGAAAUCGAUCAUUGAAUAUGACUCACAGGCUGUUGUGGAGGUGAAAGAGAACACUGUAGAGAUUUCGGGUGGGGGGCACAACGUAAUGACGGCCUGGUCCAUGGUGGAGAAGCUGAAAAUGGAGAAAAGGUCCUCCAGAGAAGAUGCCAAUGUCCUCAGAGAGGCAACAGAUGGCAGUGGGGAGUCUGAGGAUGGCACUAGCUCAGAGAGUGAAGCGGAGCAGGUCUGCAGCAAAAAGAGGGAAUCACUGAUCUCCACCAAGCCCCACAGACAACUCUGCCGCUCCCCUUGCCUGGACCGGCCCAGCUUUUCCCAGAGCAGCAUCUUGCAAGAGGUCCGACCAGAAGACAGCAAGGUUGCUGGCUGCAAGUUCAGCUCUGAAUACCAGUCCAAAAUGGAUUUUGCAUUGAAGCUGGGAUACUCACGUGAACAAAUAGAAACUGUACUCAACAAGCUAGGAGCAAAUGCUCUUAUUAAUGACAUUUUGGCAGAACUUGUAAGACUAGGCAAUAAAGGUGACUUGGAUGCACAAGCUAGUGGAUCCACAAGCACAUUGGUACCUCGGGGCCCUUGUACUAAGGAAAUCUCAAGUCCUGAAGUUUCAUUAGAAGAUGAAGUAAUGGACAAUUUAGAUAACCUGAGACCUAUAGUUAUAGAUGGCUCCAAUGUGGCUAUGAGUCAUGGAAACAAAGAGGUUUUCUCCUGCCGUGGAAUCCAGUUGGCUGUGGACUGGUUUCUUGAGAAAGGACACAAAGACAUUACAGUAUUUGUGCCUGCUUGGAGGAAAGAGCAGUCCAGGCCUGAUGCCCCCAUCACAGAUCAGGAGAUCCUGAGAAAGCUUGAAAAAGAGAAAAUUCUUGUCUUCACUCCGUCUCGGAGAGUCCAAGGAAGAAGGGUAGUGUGCUACGAUGAUCGCUUUAUAGUGAAGCUUGCAUAUGACUCUGACGGCAUUAUUGUAUCAAAUGACAACUACAGGGAUCUACAGAAUGAGAAACCUGAAUGGAAGAAAUUCAUAGAGGAACGGCUGCUGAUGUAUUCAUUUGUAAAUGAUAAUAUUCAAUUUGUAUUCUUUAGAUUCAUGCCCCCUGAUGAUCCCUUGGGGAGACAUGGUCCAAGUUUGGAGAAUUUCCUCAGAAAACGGCCUGUUAUUCCAGAGCAUAAAAAGCAACCUUGUCCUUAUGGAAAGAAAUGUACCUAUGGACACAAAUGCAAAUACUAUCACCCUGAACGUGCAAACCAGCCACAGAGAUCAGUAGCAGACGAACUGCGUGCUUUCGCUAAGCUUUCAGCUGUAAAAACAAUGAGCGAAGGGGCCUUAGCCAAAUGUGGCACAGGGCCUGCAGCAGCAAAAGGAGAGAGCAGCACUGAGGCAAAACGCAUCACUCCCAAACGUCAGUCUGACCCCAGCAUCCGCUCUGUGGCCUGUGAGCCUGAAGAGCGACUGUCAGCUGCCCGCAAGUCUGAGGCAAACUCUGUGCCUUCUCUUGUGUCUGCUCUCAGUGUCCCAACCAUGCAGCCUGUGAAAAGCCAUGCGGCUGGUGCCUUGAACACCCGAUCGGCCAGCAGUCCUGUUCCAGGCUCUUCCCAGUUCUCCCACAGUUCACUGGAGCACAUGUCCAGCGUGCAGUACCCACCUAUUUUGGUGACCAACAGCCAUGGCACCUCUGUCAACUACACUGAACAGUAUGGCAAAUACGAUUCUGUGGGUGAUCACGGGUAUUAUUCUAUGUUGAGCGACUUUUCAAACAUGAGCUUGAACAGCAUGCACAACACAGACAACUUCUAUAGCAUGGAGCAUGAACAUGGGAUGUACCAGAGAAAUCCCAGCCCUUGCUCUGAUCCGUGCAAUGAAUCCUAUUCCUCCUACACUGAUUUGUACAUGAGCUCCUUAGACAGCGGUCCUGAAGAAAAUGUGAAGAGUCACCUGUCGUCCUCUCAGAACAGACUGCAGGCAUUUGCCCAUGGAUUCCAUGAAGCGUUAACAAGAGUGCAGAGUUACGGGCCUGAUGAGCCAAAGCAGGCACCUCGUAAGCAAUCUGUGUCCCAUCUUGCGCCACAUGUACAGCAUCCAGUGGUAGGUGCCAGGUCAAGCUGCCCUGGGGAUUACCCUAUACCUCAAAAUGUUCACCCUUCAUCCACUUCACAGCCAGGUCGGGCACUGGGCAUGACCAGAAUGGACAGCAUUUCGGACUCCAGACUCUAUGAAAGUAAUCCGAUGAGACAAAGGAGGCCUCCACUUUGCAGGGAGCAGCAUGCCAGCUGGGACCCACUUCCCUGUGGAACUGAAUCCUAUGGAUACCACUCUUACCCCUUAAGCAACAAUCUCAUGCAGCCCUGUUGCGAGCGAGUCAUGGUACGGAGCAUGCCGGAAAAGAUGGAGCAGAUCUGGAGGUCGCCUUGGGAAAGCAUGUCUCCGGAGCCUCAGGAACGUCACAUCAUCCCAGAGCACCAAUACCAAACCUACCGCAACCUCUGCAACAUUUUCCCAGCCUAUAUUGUUCACUCCGUAAUGGAGAAGAAUCCCCACAUGACAGAUCCACAGCAGCUUGCAACGGUAAUAGUUGCCAAGUUAAAGUCAGGGCGUUAAAAGUUUCAUUUUGAAGGGAAAAUAAGUAUAAUAUUAUAUAUUUUAUGGACUGAAGCCAGUUAAAAUAUAUUGUGAUGCACAAGGUAGAACAUAUUGUGUAUAUAUUUGUACCUGCUCUAGCACUGCUGUAAAUAUGUUGUGAUUGGCACAUGAUUUUUGUGAGAUCUGAAACAAAAGGAAAAGGUGGAAGCCUAAGGAAGUGCAUACCUCAGUGCAUGGAAUUUCAAUUUUAAUUGCCUUAUAUUUAAGUGACCUCAGUGCGAUCGUUGCUGACCACUAUUAAUUUAUAUUUAAACAUUGUUAAAGAGGUCUGUUUUUGCUUUUGAAAAUAUCUAGUGUUAUCAGUAGCUUAAAAUUAUCUUAUUUAAUUUAUAUUGUAUUUUAUAGAGAAGCUCAUUUCCUUAAGACACUACCUUUUCAUGGUAGGAAUUUGCCAAACUUAAGAAGACUAAGCCAAACGUAAAGGCAAGAAAACAGGUCGUAUUUGCAUUUCAGUUGACACUGUAUCUUGCGUGUUUGUUAUUUGGGUUUACCUUUAUUUACAAAAAAAUAAAACUAGCCAUGGUUAAUAAUAUCUCAAAGCUGCUGUGAUAAUGCCAAAAAUAUACUUAACUGUGUUAGAUCAAGAUACAGCACAUUUUUUGUUAACAGUGUUGUUUGUAGGUUGAGUGCCGCGAUAGUGUGCAAAUCAUUUUCUCAUAUAUUACAGGUCAUGUUACAUGCAGUUACCUUAAUAGUAUUUUGUUUUCAAAAUCUGUUUGUUUUAAUAUUUGAAAAUCCAUGUGAAGGUGUGCAUUGCUUUCCUUGAGACUCUGUCUCAUGUACCUACUAAGGUAGAUGACAAAGAGCCUUAACAGAAUGGCACUUUGAAUGAUUUUAAAUCCUUACGAGAUCACAGUUUGUAAUUAAUUUUCUGGGGGGGGGGAUGGUGUUGCUUGGCAGUAAGAUGCCUUCAAAGGCGUUCCUUUCCUUUUUUAACGCUGCCCUGUAAGCAGCCAUCACCCUUCUUACAUUAGCUUAUUUAAAUACUUUUGAAUGUUAAUAGCUCGGACACGUUCGAGCAAGGACUUGUUGACUUCAAGUUUUUUUUCAUGAAAGUCGAGAAGGCCAUGUAUGGCCUUUGUUUCUUCAUGAGAAGGUGUGACACUGCCUAAAUGUUUCUUACUGUGAAACACUCAGAACGUGAGGCUGCAGUCAGGGUUGUUUCUGGCAUUUUGCUAAUGGCUUGCAUGCUGCUAUUUAAUUUGUUUCCCUGACCAAGAAGAUCUUUCAAGUGACUUUUUUCAAACUCCAUUACACAAAAAAAAUUAAAAUGAGGUUGUUUGGUAAGUGUUUGAACUGAGGGUUUAUUUGAGCCCAGAUUCUUGAAGGUGCUUCCGUGAGGUAUAAUGCCACACUGGUGUAUUUUAGAAAGACACUAAUUUUUAAGUAGAUAUAGUUAAUAAUGUGAAAAAUAAUAAAUAUCUGAAACUAUAUUUCAAAUGUUCAUCAGUUUAUAAUAUAUUUUCUAUAUCAGCAACAUCAGUAUCUCUGUUUAGAAAUUCAAGAUUUGUGAACCUCUUUGUCAUUUUGAUGGCUUAUCAUAUGUAUAACUUGUUUUAAAGAAACUAUGAAAGAUUUUUCACUAUUGCUUAGUCCCUUUUAUUCCACGCUAUUGCUAUCGUUUUCAAUGCAGCAAACAGCAAUGCCUCAAAUGUCCAGAAAUGACCUUUGUUUGUUGAUACAAAUUGUAUCUCUUUCUUGAUUGUAAAAAAAUAUUUAUGAAAUGUACAGUAUCAUCUAUAUAGAAUAGCUUUAAUAAAAAAUGCCACAAUGUUUGUGACACUGUGUGUCACUGGGAGUAGCCCAUGGGUAUGUACUAUUUCUUACUGGGCACUGUAGUUUAUAGACAGAAAAUCUUUUUAAUCUGUUACAUGAAAGUGCACAGAUCUCUUGUGUACAGGUGUUAGCAUUAUGAUGUUUUCUGUAUAUUAGAAAGGAAAAAAAUCAGCUGUAUAGUUAUCAUGCUAUUAAAACUGAAGUGUAUUGAUGGUAUAACUGUGUCCUCAUAAUUUCAGUGUGGUAACCCUGGCAAGGUAUAUGAUCAAAAAACAAAACCAUCCUUCCUUACAAUAUUGCUGAUACACAGUGAAUCACACAUUUUGUAGUGUUGUAAUAGAUACAUGCUUUCACUGAAAUGCAUUUUAAUUUUUUAAGUCAUGCAAAGUUUCAAUUACAUAAGUCACCUAAACUAAGGUUACCACACUCAGUUUUGAGGAAAAUAUAUAUAUAUACGCACACACUAUAUAAAGUUUUUUGUAGAUUAUAAAUCUUCUCGGGCACGUAGCUUUGCCUUAAGCAUUACAAAUUCAGCAACAGGCUUAAGGAGUGCCAUGUAAACAAUGCUCUAUUUUUCUGCUGUAUUCUGAAGGCCUGUCUGUCAUUUUUGUAAAUGACAGGACGAUAUCUUUGCAAAAAAACUUUUGAGUGAAUGCAGCUGUUUUGAAGAAUUUAAUGAAAUGGUAUCUCUUUUAAUUGUCAGUACUCAAACUUAAGCAGGGUUCUUUAAAUAUUAUAGGGGCAUGUCAUAAACCUAUCCUAUUUUUUCACUUUACCUUGUAAAUGGAUUGAAAGAGAUAUCUGAAAAUUGUACAGUAUAUACAACAUUUUAUAUAAUCUGCACUGUUUAAUUUACUGAUCAAUCUACUUAAUCAACUUGUCCUCUUAAUAGAUAUUAUUAUGUAGAAUUCUGUGUACUCUUGUUUCAAGAUGUACGUCUAGUAUAGCAAUUCUCAGGUAAUUAAUGAGAUUUGUGAUGAAGUUAAAGCUACACCAACUGCAUUCUUGAUUCUUAUGCUAUUCUAAUGUACAUGCUCAGAUUUAUUAAACUGAGUGAACAUCUUGUGUGUUGUAAAAGUUGUUUGAUGUCUUCAAGUAUUGUUGUUAUUAUGCAAUGUCAAGGGUACUCAGAGUGAGUUGACUAUUUUUAGUCCUUGUGUUGUAAUGAGCUGCAGUAGUUUGUUUUAUUCUUUGUUGAAUGAAACAUGUUGCUUUUAAAUUGUUUAACAAAAAGUACACAAAAAACUUUCAAAACUCUUUGAGUCUGUUGACUCAAACAAAAUGUAAGUCUCAAUGACGAAGUGUGUCUGUUUCUUUAAAUAAAGCCAAAUGUGAUGUUUGUACAGAAAUUGUAAUAUGUGAGGAAUAAUAUUAUGUAAACUGUGCCAAUAACAUGCGGACAUAGGCAUGUUUUGAGGUGCAAAAUCCCACUUUAGAUAAUUCUUGCUGAGUUUUCCAACACACAAUAUGAUAUAAGGGAAGUAAACCUAGAAACAAAAAUGUGAAGGCUUUUUUGUGUCAGUCUGAUCUCUGGCUGUUUUUGGAGACACUGCACUAUUAAAAAACACUUGUUGCUGCUGUGUACACAGUUUAUUACAUGCAGAGAUAUGCUCCAUUUUCAUUAUUAGUGCCUGAGUAAUGGAAUUAAUCCUAAUUUUCUUCAUCAGAACCAAAUAAAAUGGUAUAACACCAUGAAAGGCUCAAAAUGAAACUUGAUUUCACAGACCUCUCUUUUAAUGAGGUGUCCUGAUUGCAGCUUUUUAAGUUUGUAAAAAUAGAAUUUACCAGCUGUUAGUAGAUUUCCCCUAUAAUAUCUGCUAAGGAAACCAUUUCAAACAUCUACAAAAGUCAAUGCUAUGACAGUGGACAUAAUAAUCCAGUAGAUUUUAAUGUUUACACCUUUUUGAUUCAUCAUUGAUUGGAACCUCAGUCUUUAAUUUUGCAGUUACCAGUUCAUAGUGACAGGAAGGCCUACAAUACAGUUCAUUCUUUUUAGAUGUAUUGUAUAGGAAGCAAAUAAGAUUCCUGAUAAUCAGAUCAGUUAUUACAUUUGUUUGUUAAAUUUCAGAUUCAUUUUAAAAAAAAACAAGUAUUCAUUACUACAGUGUCACUGAGUUUGCAAGUGCAGCAGCAUUCUAGGUUUACACUCAGUCCGGUCAAGUACAGCCCCCCAUUUUUAAUAAUUUAAAUGUCUCUUUUGACUUGAAAUUUUCAUCUAUAGAUGAGAUUUUAGUAGCCUUAUAUAUUAUUCAUCUGAAAAUCCUAAAAUGUAUACCUCAUUAUAUGCCUACAUCAAAAGAGGAUUUGAAUUUGAUUAAACACUAUUUAGAGCUUCACAAACCUUGCCUUUGGGGUGCUGUUAUUUUCUGACAUUUUCUUGCAUUGGAGCGCUAAGUCACCUAAAAGAACCUGAUACCAAUUAGGAGCUGAAAAGAAUCAAAAACAUGUACCUGACCUUCUUCUCAUUGUGUGAGGUAUCAAAAAAUAGUAAUAGAAUUCCUUCAGAACAAAAACUUUUGAAACUACGACAACCCAGAUACCAGAUACCAAGUUUGGGCAGCCUUACAUCAAAGGUUUACUAUAAAGCAAUGAAAUGGGUCAAUUUUGCAUACCAUAGAGUAUAUAACUUGUAUUAUAACAAGAUAUCCUUUUUCCUGAAGUAAUAAUGUUUUCACCUAUCUUAAGGCAACGCUUUGCAAGCAGAGAUCUUCCUCUUUAAAUAGCCCCAUAAGUUAUUGUGCAUCACCAGUUUGUUAACCCCCACUGCACUGCCUUUUGUGUAAUAAUAUCCUUGGUUAUCUCAAGUUUCAAAGGAGAUAACCGCUCCUAGGCUGCUUAUUGUUUGUAAGUUACUUUGUGUACCUAUAGUGAAACUUAAUAAACCAAUGGGUAUUUUUCACAUCAGAAGACAAGAAAUCGUUGAAUUUCCAUAGGUUUCAAAAUUGUUCACUUACUGAAAGCUAAAGCUCUUUUAGCACUUUUGCAUUUUGGAUUCAUUUAUGAACAUGCAUGUUUUCUUUAUUUUAGUGUCAAUCUGAAAUGCACUUUUGUUCAGUUGUUAUGUUGUAAAGGGAUAGCUUUUGGUGUUAAAAAUGACUGAAAAAUCUAAAUUUAUUAAGAGUGUAAAGUUACUUCAUUACUUAUAGCCCAGAAUUGCUGUUAUCGAAUGUACAAGACAUGGUGUAAAGUGUAAUGUGGUUUCGUUUAUUUUUUCUUGCCGGAACGUCUUGUGUUUGGAAUAAUAAAGGAAAAAUCCACAAGGUUAAUUUUUGCAUU